AUGGACAAGAACAGAAAGUCAACGGCUUCUUCAAUCAGUAUUGAAUUUUCGCGGUGUCAGAGCGUAAGCGGCCAAACCAAAGUGCAGGAGCUUUGGAAGUAUUUAGAAAACCAAGAUGAUCUGAAACCAUACCAAGUUCCUCGAAUUGUCGUUGAAAAUGACAAGUUGGCCGAACCCAGUGGGCCUGACACCUCAUCGUCCUCGGAGACGUCAUCGGGCACAAAGACAUCUGGAGUAAAGCCCAAGCAAAAAACGCCGAAGGAAAAAAAGCGCAGCGGCACCGGAGCUAGUAAACUAGAAAAGUAUUUAAGAGAAGACUUGAGGCUCGCGGAUACCGUGGAAGUCUCAUACGAGGAACUAAACGCCGAAAUAGAAGAUUAUCAGCAGAGAUUGCUUCAAUGCGGUUGUAAAGAAAAAAAAUGCCAUUGUCAGAAGAACAAAACAUCACCAAAUAACCGUUCAAGUUUCAAUGUACCGCACGAGCCGCCAAAGUUGAAAACUACUCUGAAAACGCCGCCGAAGCAGGCCACGAAUCCCCUGCAGUUCGUCAAAGUCGGGCCAUGCUCGCUCUACCGGACGGCCCAGGAGCAGUUGCAAAAGGUCCAGGAGGUCAAGAAGAUCAAACAAGAGAUCCGGGACGAUCCCGAGGAUUGGCAGUCCAAUCUGGACAAUUGGAAGAGCAGCAGACGGAAACGACAGGAGCACAUAAUCGAACGAGUCGUCGAGGUCAAGAAGCUGGAGCUCGAGGAGCACGACAGGCAGCGCAGGCGAAGCAAGACCUUCUCGGAGAUGAUGGAGGAGCGCGGCAAUCGUGGCCGCAAGCUCAGCAUCAGCCUCGCCGUUUACAACGAGGAGGACGCCAACGACCUGAGCGACCUGGGCAUUGGCACGAGUAGCGGCAAGAGCUCCGUCAGCGGCGACACCCACGACGACACCCACAGCGGCUUCGAUCCUUAA